GUCAACACCGUAAAAAAAACUCAAAUUUGAAGUUGAUGGUAAUUGAAAUAAUAUAUUUUAUUGUAUUAUUAGUGAUUUUUGUAUCUAUUUUCAAUCGAGCCUACUUCUUUAUAAUUUAUAGUUGCAGGAUAUUGUUUAAAAUGGAGCCCGAAGAUGCUAAGUAUAUGAGAACGGAACGAAAACCUGGUUCUAUCGACGUUCACCCCAAUUUUGAUGCUAUCGUUCUGAAUUAUGAACUGGAUGUUCAGAUUUUGGCGUCUAAAGAAAAUGCCAUUUAUGGUGAAAAGAAGAACCUCAAAAAAAUCAUUGAUCUACCUAUGAUCAAUAGUAGAACAGAUUGCCAUGCAAUGUCCAAAGAAAUUGUUAACCAGUGUGACUUGAUACACCAUUCUCGACUUGCUGAGGUUGAACAAAUCAUAUAUUAUUUAAAAAAGAGAAAACUUCAAAAUGGCAUUAAGGGUGCUUCAAUUAAUUUGGGAGAAAUGGACAAGAGUACAGAAAAAACUAGUAAUGGCAACUUGGAACCAAAUUACAAUAAUUUGUCCGACUACAUUGAUCUUUUGUACGAAGGAAUGACCGAAAAGAUUAAAGGGGCUCAGUUGAUACAACUACUAGCUAGAGAUCCCGAAAAUUUAGAAGCUUUGGCCAGAAACGAAACAUUGAUAAGUGCUCUAGGACGUGUUUUAAGAGAAGAUUGGAAAAGAAGUAUUUCGCUGAGCACUCACCUGGUUUUUACUUUUUUCUGUUUUUCAAUGUAUUCUUGCUUCCAUGAUGUCAUUUUAAAGUGUAAGGUUGGAUCGAUAUGUAUGGAUAUUAUCGAUUAUGAAUUGAGAAGAUACGACCGAUGGAAAGCUGAUUUUGAAGGGUCCGAAGUUCCCUCCGACAUACCAAUUGUGAGAAAGCCGUGCCCAAGCAGUGCCAGUAUGUCCGAAAUUCCAAGAAGCCGCAUUCCCGAGCCUGUUCGUCCCAAGUCGGGCAACUUCACGGAUACUAAUUUAUCCCAAAUUAUGGAAGGCAGUAUUUAUGAAGAUCUCACUAAUUCAAUGGAAUGUAUAGACGAUAAGAAAUUAACCGACGAACAGAAACUGAAGAGAUUCCGAACUCUAGUCAAGAAGCAAGAACACUUGCUUCGCGUUGCCUUUUACUUGCUUCUGAAUAUAUCCGAAGACGAAACUGUGGAGGAAAAGAUGUCGAAGAGAAACAUUGUUGGCCUUUUAGUUAAGGCCCUGGAUAGAGACAAUGACGACUUACUCAUAUUGGUCAUCACGUUCCUCAAAAAGUUAUCUAUAAUGCAAUGCAAUAAAGAUGCCAUGAGCAGUCUGAAUGUUGUCGAAAAGUUGCCUCGCAUGCUCGACUCCAAUAGUGCCGAUCUAGUCCAUUUGACUCUGAAGCUUCUGUUCAAUCUAUCGUUUGACAAUAAAGUCAGAUUCAGAAUUAUGAAAGCAGGAUUACUGACGAAAAUUAUGAGUCUUUUGAGCGAUGACAAACAUCAAGAAAUUGUUCUGAAAAUAUUAUAUCACUUGAGUUAUGAGGACGAAGUCAAACACCAGUUUGUUGAUUGCAUUGGACUAAUCACAGACAUGCUGCUUUUGAGUGUCGGAAAUGAAAAUGAUAAGGCAAUGGUUGCGCUAUGUAUCAAUUUAGCUACUGAUCCUUCCAAUACCAAGCAUAUUAUCAAAAAAAACAGACUUCAGUCCUUGAUGAUGCGAGCAUUUACUUUUCAUGAUGCAAUGCUCAUGAAAAUGUUGAGAAACAUUUCGGAUAACCCUUCUUCUGCACCUUCAUUCAUAGAGUUUGUUGGCGACAUAGCUAAAGCCAUUGUUGAUUCGAAAGACGAAGAUUUCGUUCGAGAGUGUAUUGGCAUUUUGAGUAAUAUACACCUACCUGAUUUAGAUUGGGCAGAAAUAUUCAGACACUUUGAUAUGGUGAAGUGGGUAAAAACUGUUAUUACCAGUAAUAACACAGAUGCUGAAAUGGUUUUGCAUGUUGUUAUUCUUCUGGGCACAGCAGCAUCUGACGAAGGAUGUGCAAAAUUGCUUUGCGAAACAAAUAUUCUAGGUUUGCUAAUAGAUUUACUAAAAACGCAUCAAGAAGAUGAUGAGAUCGUACUUCAGAUCGUAUACGUAUUUUUUGUGACAUUAGCACAUGGAUCAAAUAUUGAUUAUAUAGUAAGCAAAACAGGUGAGUUCCUGCAUUCAGAUCUAAGGCUUAUCUAAAUAAAAGAUUUCAUG